UUUUUUUUUCUCAACUAAAUCAUAAGAUAUAUUACGCUUGCUUCUAUUGCUUGCAUGAUUGUGUCAGGAUAUGAUUGUGCCAUUGUUGGUUCUCGACAGCCAUAGCUCUGAUCCAGAGGCCGUAGCUUUCCGCCUUAUGCGCAAGUACCUUACACAUCAUUCGUCAUAAGCUCCGCCGAAGAUAUGCAGAGAUCAGCCAUAUAAAGCUUGACCCAACAGCUGCGUUCUCGAGCUCAACACCUUUCCACCGUAUAUUUUGCAAAAAGCUGCUUCGAUUUGUAUCUCUAAAACGUCACUGCAAUGGCAUUAGACAUUCGAACGAGUGAAUUGAAAGAGCCAGUCAACGUCUCUGAGUACCUAUUUCGGAGAUUAUAUGAAGUGGGCAUCAGGAGCAUCCAUGGCGUACCCGGCGACUACAACUUAGCAGCCUUGGACUAUAUACCAAAAUCUGGGUUGAAGUGGGUUGGUAAUGCAAAUGAACUAAAUGCUGGCUAUGCAGCGGACGGAUACGCGAGGAUCAAGGGCAUGGCUGCCCUUGUCACCACAUUUGGUGUUGGCGAACUCUCGGCUGCGAAUGCCAUUGCGGGGGCAUACUCUGAAUACGUUCCCAUUGUGCACAUUGUCGGCUAUCCUUCUGUGGCCUCUCAGAGAGAUGGCGCAUUGCUCCAUCAUACGUUGGGAAAUGGUGACUUCACCGUCUUCCAGAAAAUCUUCAGCAAUAUCUCUUGCGCGGUUUCUAUGCUAAACGACCCACACGAGGCUGCUAUGUUGAUAGACAACGCCAUUCGAGAAUGCUAUAUUCAUUCUCGGCCCGUUUAUAUCAGUCUACCAACGGAUAUGGCCCAGAAGAAAAUCGAGGGGGCUAGGCUUAAAACCCCUAUUGAUCUAAGUUUCAAGCCCAACGAUCCUGAUGCCGAGGAUUAUGUGGUCGAUGUUAUUACAAAAUACUUGAAAGAUGCCCAAAACCCUGUCAUUUUGCUCGAUGCCUGUACUAUACGGCAUCAUGCUGGCGAUGUGGCUAAUGAGUUCAUCAAAGCUUCUGAGCUUCCAGUUUUCGUCACUCCUAUGGGAAAGGGAGGCGUCGAUGAAACACUCCCAAACUAUGGAGGUGUCUAUGCCGGCAGUGGCUCGAACGAAGGUGUCGCCAAACGAGUGGAAAGCUCGGACUUGGUUCUCACGCUUGGAGCCAUCAAAUCCGACUUCAACACUGCCGGUUUCUCCUACAAAAUAUCGCAACUCAAAACUAUUGAUUUUCACACGUACACAACCAAAGUCCGCUAUUCUGAAUAUCCCGGUGUCCGUAUGAAUGGUGUGCUGAAGAAGCUCACCCAGAAGCUAAAAGAGGGCUUGAAGCUAAAUGUGCAUCUUGGUUCGCAUGAGCCAAGCAACGAAAUGCCACAGAGAGAAAAGGACUCUUUGGAAAGCACCAUCAACCACAGCUGGCUAUGGCCACGACUAGGUCAAUGGCUUCAGGCUGGUGACAUCAUCAUCACCGAAACAGGAACAUCAAACUUUGGCAUUUGGAAUACUCGAUUUCCAAAGGAUGUAAAAGCUAUCUCUCAGGUCCUAUGGGGAAGCAUUGGCUACGCCACAGGUGCCACUCAGGGUGCAGCACUUGCUGCUAAAGAGAUGGGUAUCAAACGAUCGAUUCUAUGGACUGGCGACGGUUCGUUCCAGCUGACUGCUCAGGCUGUCUCCGAUAUGCUGCGAAACAAACUUUCUCCUUACAUUUUCGUCAUCUGCAAUGAUGGAUAUACUAUCGAACGCUUCAUACAUGGUUGGGAUGCCGAAUACAAUGAUGUCCAGCCGUGGAAAUACAAGGAUCUUCCAGCUGCUUUUGGCGGACGUACAGAAGAAUUUGAGACGUUUGCCGUAAGGACGAGGGAUGAACUGGACAAAUUGUUUGAGGAUGAUGAUUUCUCGACGCCCAAUGGCAAGUUGAAAUUCAUUGAAGUGUACAUGCCAAAGGAGGAUGCUCCUGAAACGCUCAAAAUGACAGCAGAAAGCGCAGCGAAAAGGAACGCUUGAGGCUACGCGGAUUCAUGUUGUACCCAUGACUCUGCUUACUGUUUCUGCUUCAUAAUAAAUUUAAUGUUUUGCAAGUUUGGGCCUAGGUCGAGUCCACAUUGAUAGUUCAAAAUGGAUGGAUUAUUUCUGUGCAAAAGGUCUGUUGGCUUUACGACCAAGUAAGCGGUGAGGUAAACCUGCAGAGGUCUAAUCAUGGUUAAGCAAUCCAGCUUUGCUCAUUCUGAGACUCGUAUGCACUGAAGUCGGAAAAGAUUGCCAUUGAGGGGUGGCGUGAAAGUGCUACAGAGGAGUUAUGUAACGAAAAGAAUGGUUUUUUUAUCAAUGUAAGACAUCGUAGAUAGUUUCAUAAUCCAGAGAAUGUUAUAGCUGAUGUUGGCAUAACCUAA